AUGGAUACUCAGAACCUACCAGCCUACCCACCUCUCUCCGUGGUUGAGGACUUGAUUGUCAAGGAGAAGAAGGGCAACUGUGUUCCCGUCUAUGUUGAACUCCCUGCCGAUCUGAUUACACCAUGCAUGGCCUAUCUUCGUGUCGCGAAGGAUUCAAAGUACAGUUUUCUCCUGGAGUCUAUAAUCGCCGGAGAGAGCGUCGCUAGAUACAGUUUCAUCGGUGCUGAUCCUCUCAAAAUUAUCAAGACUGGACCUGGAGAGGAGAUAACAGGAGAUCCUAUGGUCGCUCUACAGAGGGAACUUGCCCUCCACCAAUACGUGAAGAUCCCAGAGAUCCCCACAUUUACGGGUGGCGCCAUAGGAUAUGUGUCGUACGACUGUAUCCAGCACUUCGAACCGAAGACGAAGGCUGAGCUCAAGGACCCCCUCGGAAUCCCAGAAGCGGUAUUCAUGCUCGUCGACACUCUGAUCAUCUACGACCACAUCUUCCAGACGUUGAAGGUCGUCUCGCACGUCUUCAUUCCCAAGAGCUUUGGCACUGGGAAUCUCGCGUUUACGUACCAGACAGCUGUCUCGAAAGCUAGAAGGCUGGCUAAAGUCUUGCUGUCAAGUUCGACACCCGAACCGCGACAGCCGCCGAUUAUCCUAGGAAAGGAAGCAGUGUCGAAUGUCGGAAAGGUGGGGUACGAGGCUUUCGUCACUCAGCUGAAGAAGCAUAUCAUAGCAGGCGAUAUCAUCCAAGCCGUACCAUCCCAGAGAUUAGCCAGACCGACUUCACUGCAUCCUUUCAAUGCCUAUCGACAACUUCGACAGGUCAACCCAUCACCGUACAUGUUCUACCUCGACUGCGGGGAUCUUCAAAUUGUUGGAGCAAGCCCGGAGACGCUUUGCAAGGUUGAGAAAAACGUCGUCUAUAACCACGCCAUUGCCGGGACAAUCAAGAGAGGAAAAACACCGGAAGAGGACGAGAAGUUGGGAGCUAUCCUCCUCGCUUCGGAGAAAGACCGAGCGGAGCACAUCAUGUUAGUUGACCUGGCGCGGAACGAUGUCAAUCGAGUCUGUCUGCCAAAGACGGUCAAAGUUGACCAUCUCAUGAAGCUCGAGAAGUUCAGUCAUGUCAUCCACUUGACUUCUCAAGUUUCGGGUGUGCUGAGAGAGGGACUAACGAGGUUUGACGCUUUCCGGUCGAUCUUCCCAGCGGGCACCGUUUCUGGAGCCCCAAAAAUCAAGGCUAUCGAGAUUAUUUCGUCGUUGGAGAAGGAGCGAAGGGGCGUAUACGCUGGGGCCGUUGGUCGAUUUGACUUCGCCAAUGAUGAAAUGGACACCUGCAUCGCCAUUCGAACCAUGACAUUCAAGGACGGCGUUGCAUAUCUACAAGCCGGUGGUGGAAUCGUAUUCGACAGUGUCGAGGAGGAGGAAUACAUCGAGACAAUCAACAAGCUGGGUGGAAAUGUGCGGGCGCUUGAAGCUGCCGAACGUUAG